CACCCACCUCUGCUCCAAAAACGCCAACAUUUUUCCCAACCGCUGGUGCCCGGCCCGGAUCUGUCACGCUGCCGCAAGCCAAACAUCGCAUCUUCAACCGCUGCGGGGGGGACAGCCAGCGCGACAGAGCCGGCGUCUCAGAAGUGCCGAGGAUGCGAGGCCUCACACUCUCUAACCGCCACUUUCACUUACUUCAUUCCACAUUCCAUGGAAUUGAGCGGCAUGCCAAGUUUUGACUUCCUCGUCGCUGAGAUUGAAGUGCUCAAAGAACACCUUUUGCAAAUGAAAUCCCCUUUGGUUCUGUGCCAUAACGAUCUGCUGUGUGGCAACAUUAUCCACGUUGAAGAGAAAGGAGAAGUAAAGUUUAUCGAUUAUGAAUACGCUGGCUACAACUACCAGGCCUACGACAUUGGAAACCACUUUAAUGAAUUUGCUGGUGUCAGUGAAUUGGACUUCAGCAUGUACCCACCUCAGCAACUGCAGCUGGAGUGGUUGCGAUCCUACCUGGAGAUGUACAAAGCCUUCACUGGCCAGGACCCCGUGGUGACAGAACUGGAAGUGCAGAAGCUCUAUGUACAAGCAAACAAAUUUGCAUUGGCUUCACACUUGUCCUGGGGCUUGUGGGCACUUCUCCAGACCAGGUACUCCACCAUCGACUUUGAUUUCCCGAGGUACACAAGAGAACGAUUCAAGGAGUACUUCAAGAGGAAGGAUGAAUUCUUGGCCUUGAAGCUUCCAUGUUGAUGCCAAGAAAAUCGGGAACUCACCCACUGCUGUGGGAAAGAUGGAACAGUAUGGAGCCAGUUAACGCUACUUAAGGAGAGAGUAUUAUAAGGCUGGUCUACCUACAAUCACAAAGCAGAUGAAGCAAAUGUUCCUCAUAAUUGAAUGUAGAUUCACUGGAUCAGUAACUAUAAUAAAAGCAGCCUUCAUUACUCGAACUGAAUAAAAUAGAAAUGGCUACAAA